UUAGAGCGAGAGAGGAGAGACAGAGGAGCAGGGACCAAGCUGAAGAAGGGAACUGGGGGAACUGGGCUCUUGAGAUGCUCGAGCGUCACAGAGCAAGCUGGUUUCUGUGCAUCCCUGCAAACUCAGAGGUUAUCGUGAGAGGCCUGAGGCGUUGACAGCCUCCAAACCGGUUGGGACUCGGUGUCAGCAUCCAGCUGGCUGAUGGCAACUGGAACUGCAUAACCUCCAAUUAUACUGUGUGUAACAGAACAUCCUGUCUGCUCUCGUGGGAAGUCACAUGGAAGUUGGCGCCAACUGAUAUUCCUGUCCAGAGAGUGUCCACGACCACCCAGUGUUUGCACAACUGUUACAGAAGGAUUAUAAGAUCACUUAAUGUCUCACUCGCUGAAGAGAGUGUCUCUGUUGUGGGAGUGAGAAAAACACCGGCAAAGCCCAGAAGCACCCGGAGCUCGUUCUCAUCUGGAGCUAUGCCCCCAGUUCGGCCCCCUCCACCAUAUCUCACCGCCCGCUCGGCCUUCCUCCUCGGACUGCUGCUCCUCGCUCACCGGGGGCCCUCACACGUCAGCUGCCAGAAUGACACCGAGCCGAUCGUGUUGGAGGGAAAGUGCCUGGUGGUGUGCGACUCGUCCCCCUCCGCGGAGACAACGGGUAACGCUCUGGGCAUGUCGGUGAGGUCAGGGACCGGGCGGGUGGCGUUUUCAGCCGUACGCAACACCAACCACGAGCCCUCAGAGAUGAGCAACCGCACCAUGACCAUCUACUUCGACCAGAUCUUGGUGAAUGUUGGCAGCCACUUUGACCCAGCAAGGAGCAUCUUUGUUGCCCCGAGAAAAGGAGUCUACAGCUUCAGCUUCCAUGUGGUCAAGGUCUACAACCGGCAGACGAUUCAAGUGAGUCUGGUUCUCAAUGGCUCGCCGGUGAUCUCGGCCUUCGCAGGUGACCAGGAUGUGACCAGGGAGGCUGCCACCAACGCCGGGCUGGUGAUGAUGGAGAGGGGGGACAAGGUUUACCUCAAGCUGGAGAGGGGGAACCUGAUGGGCGGGUGGAAGUACUCCACGUUCUCUGGCUUUCUGGUGUUCCCCUUGUAGGCUGGUCUAGGGUCAGAUGGUUACUUUCUGACAUAAAGGAGGAGGCGUCAGUAAAUGCUGUUUGAGUUCCACGUUAAAGCUGGAAGUGACAUCCAAACUGCUUUGAUGCCUCUUUAUAAGCAUCAGAUGGGUGAAUUCACGUUGCACCUGAAUGUAAUUUCCAUUUGUGUUGCGCUCACGUGUCUUGUUGUGCUGUACGUGGUCUAAAUACUGUAGCGUGUCAUCUACCCUGUCUGAGGUUCAGUGAUUUUCAGUUAGUGCAUGAAAUCCGAUGUUUGUGGCAGUAAAGAAAAUGAUUGUGUCUGUUCCCUGACUCGUACCAAUCUGUCUGUAUGUCUACAUGAUCCAGUUAGUGCUCAGCGGUGCUGGAUGAAGUCGUGAAUGUGAUCGAUGCAGUUUCAAUAACUUGAGGGACAAACAGUAAUGUUCCCGUGGAGUUGACACCACCCUCGUGUUUGUUCUGUAGGAAAACGAUUGUAAACAGUUUAGCUUUGCACUAAAAACUACAAACAGGGUGAAUGCUAAGCUAGCUCUGUCCCAAAUGUAUAAAAUCCACCUUCCAGGAGGUCGAAAGAUCACGAGUCAGCACGUUGUGUCUCAUUUGUUUAAUCCAGCUGUGGCUUCACCCCCCCCGACACCACAUCAACCGUCAGGCCUCUUUAAAGAUAUUUAUCGUCAAACAUGAGAAAAGGUUAUAUCAACGUAUUGUCGGUCCUAUUUUAUGUUUUGUUGGAUAAUUUGGGUGAUAAUUAAUUUGGGGGAUUUCCUCUAACGUGUGGAACUACAGGUACCAUCAUGCAUUAGGAAAUGUAAUUAAGGCAAAGUGCUGCCACGCUAGUUAGCAUGUGGGCGACAUCUUUAGGCCGGUUGUCUCGAAAAGAAUCUCAGGCAAGUUCUUCUGUUUAAAGUCUCUAUGUUUGACCCAUUGACAGUUUAAGUAAAAAAUAUGUGAAUCGUGUGUUCGGGUUUGAGUCUGGAUAAGAGUUUGAAAACCGGAGGAGUACAAUGACAGGGUUAGGGGGUUCAGCUUCACGCAGAUUGAUAAAGUCCAAAAGGCAAAAUGAAAAAAGCUUCACAUUCCAUUUGAAUUAAUUGAAUAGCAAUACUUUUUAUUCAUGUUUAACGACUUCUCUUUUAUUAAAAACCUUUCUCAGUUUUGGUGAUU